ACAUCUUUUCUUGGAAAUAUGUUCAUAUAUAAUUGGGAGCAAGAUGAGAUUCAUGCAUGGAACAUGUUCAUAUGGGUCAUAGUGAGUAGAAGCAAAUAAUUUAUGUUCUUAUAUGCAUAUAUUUGCCUCUGAAAGUUCUAUGCCGUGUACAUAUAUAUUUGUGAUGGAGAUGAUUCUGUUAUUCACUUUGCGCUCUUGAAGUGAAUUGGCCAAGAUGGCUGGAAGCAUUCCAAAGCCGAAGCACCCCGUCAAUGUUGAUGAAGAUGACGAUGACGUCGUAGAGGUCAUCAAUAUUGAACCAGAUCCGGAGAUCAUUGAUCUCUCUACUCUCGAAAUGGAGUUUGACAAUGAAGAGUGGUUCGAUUUUUUUGACGAUAGCGGGGAUUGGCUAUAUAAUGACAUUGGUGGAGAGCAUCCAACCAAUUAUUGGACUCUAGAUGAUAUACCCAUCUAUGAUUGGUACUCACUGGGUCCUAAUGUGGACGAUUUGGGCACCCAUGUGGACUCGAUGGAGAAUAUGGGGGAAGAAGAGAAAGUUGAGGAAUCGGGGAACGAGGAGGAGUACUCCGACAUAGAGACUAAUGAAUGUCUCUCUGAUCCUGACUUCGACCCCAAGAAUCCUUAGGAUUCUUGUAUAUGUAUUGUAAUCUCCUUUGAGGAGUAGACAUAUGUAUGUGUGUAUAUAUACAUAUGGUAUUAAUACGUGUGUACCUAUGUAAGUCUUGUAAUUACAUGAUGAAUAAAGGACAAAUGUUCUU